GUGUUUUAGCUCAACUGACUAGCAUAUCUUGAAGAUAAAAGGAGCACUUCCUAAUCGCUAACUGGCCGAUUCACUCCACGGCCAAGACUUGACUGCAAGUACACAGAGGGCCUUACGAAGUUCCUGAACGACACUUUACGAUUUUCUGAUCUUAGUCCCCCAUACGCAAGGUCACUUCUACUUCCUCUACUUGCAAACGGCCCUCUGAAAUGUCGACUCCUUCCAAACAGCUGGAUGACUUUUCCUCUGGAGAUGAGAGUGUGAAUGAUAACAAGCACUCCCCUUCUACUUCCAGUCGGUCUCUGAGAGCAGGAAGCACGGCCUCAUCAGAAACAGAUUCUUCGCACUCUAAAGACUCUCCGGUCACUUCUGCCAGCAAGAGUUUAGGUGAGCUGGAAAGUCAACUCUCAACCCUGGGCCGUCCUUCAGCCCGAACAAUUCGCUCGCUUGAAGAGCUGGCCAACUUUGACGUGCGCCCAAAAUUGCCUGCUUGUAUUUCCCGCUUCCUUGGUUAUCGAAAGGAUGGUAUUUGUCGACCGAUAUGGAUGUUGCAAUGGCUUGAUACCUUCCAUGUGCCUCUCGUAGUGGAGGAAUACUUUUUUGCUUGUUUCUGCACGAACUUCGGCCUGAUAAGUGUAAUCGCCAUCAACACUAUGACGCCCUUCUCCUCUCUUCCGAUCCCCAUCAGCCUAGGAUUCGUUGGUGCUCUGUCGAUUAUAUUGUAUCUGACUCCUCACUCGCCUGCAGCCGCUCCCCGGAAUGUCUUUCUCAGCCAUUUGUUCGCCAGUAUGAUUGCUACAGUUAUAGCCAAACUUUUUCUCUCAGAUGCCCACAAGACGAUCCUUAUUGCUGGCCAGAUGACCACCCAGACAGUAUGGGUAUGGGCUUGCGUCGCUGUCACGUCCACGCUGAUAUUCCAAAAGAUAUUCGGUCUGGUCCAUCCACCCGCAGGAGGGACGGCUCUCAUCGGAACGAUCCAGCCCGCUUUUAUCAGAAUCGGUUGGCGCUACGUCGGUUUCGUUAUGUCGAGUGUCUUAUGCAUGCUAGGAGUGGCGUUGCUGUGGGGUAACGUUGGUCGACGAGCCUAUCCGGAUUUCUGGUUCAUCCAACCCACUAGUCCUCCAUCCAACGCUUUCCAAACAAACCCCAAAGAUAGCGACUCUGUAGAAUCGUGCUCCUCUUCCCGACGAAUGAGUGAAGUAAGCUAUCAGUCCUGCGAAGAUUCGAAAGACAAUCUCACAACAAGUUCACGUUUCAAUCAGGACAUCUCCAGUGAGAAGAGCUUGUCAUUGUCAAUACGAGCAUCAUAGCUGUGUGGAUAAAUUGUUUCGAUCAAAAUUCCGAAUUAUCUUUCGAACGAGCGUUCUGGAUAAAUAGAUACAUACAAAAAAAGGAUUCUAUCGUUAUCAACAUGAGUCCCAAAUCUUCGUUAAACACUUGUGAUUAGUUGCAGUAUAUAUUCAAGUAUUUAUUUAGUUUCUUUCAGAAUUCAACACAACCUACGCCCGGCAUGUAUAUAACAAUCUUCUCUCAUUAUAUUUUUCCCUAUAUUUUCUCCCUCAUUUAGGCUGCAUCAGAAUCAGAUUUCUUGGAGGAAUGUAAUCCAAUCACUUAUUUAUUUC